AUUCAGAAGUCCUCCUCCCAAAUCAUGCGUGUGUAUAUAAAUAUUUUGGUCACGUGGAAAUAAAUUAAAUAAAUGAAAUAAAAGUCUGUCGCCCUCCCUAUGUGUAUUUUUGGAUAUAUGGAUAUAUGUUUCUGGGAGUUUGCCUCAUUCUGACUAAUAGAUGACAAUAGAUUUUUGGAUAAAAUAUAAUGAAUGAAACUGACAUGCAGACUCGAGGCCGCGAUCGGGUUAAGCGACCCACUUUGAGUGCCAUUCGUAUCUUAAUCUGUGCGCCAGCGCCUCAGUCAUCCAUCAAUCAAAAGCUGGCGGAUGUCCAAAUGACUAAAUGACUAGCUGGCAGGCUGGCUGGCUGGCUGGCUGGUAGGUUGGCCAACUGACUGACUUUUGGGCUGAGUGAAUGUUGCGUGCGCGCUCAAUGACGCAGCGAGCACUUGCUGCUGCCGCACCGCCCGCCGCCCACCUGCCCCCCACACACACAGACACACACACGCCAAACCUUUAGUGGUUAAUCAGUUGUAGAUGAACAACGCACAGCUCUGACAUUUGGCCAACGUCAACUGGCGAUCGAUCGAUCAAUCAGUUAACCAGCCAUCCAUCCAUCAGAAUACACCACACACACACACACACACACACAGCAACAGUGAUAUGAAGAGUUGGUAGCUGUGUGAUUGAUAGCUGAAUGCCAGGCUACCAAAAAAACAAUAUCUUAUACAAUACAAAAUAAGUUAAUACGUUGUGACUGGAUAUUCCCAACUGCGCAAUGCUCUGUUUAGAGUGAAAAAUGUCUGCUUGACUAGGUCCAGUCUUGGAACAAUUUUGGAUCAAGUUGUAUAAAGGAAGACGUUAUCUUCUUUAAUCACACGCUGUGACAAGGUUAAAUAACAGCCAUUGAAUUCGUAGCAGCGCAUAAAUUGAAAUUCGCCCAAUUUAAUUUCAACUCGAGACAUUUAAUAUUGAUUAAUUUUUUGGUUCGCUCUCUUAAUAGCCUCGCAUCUACACUCGCUGGCUUGCCGCAGAGUGAUGGACAGAUACAGAUGCAGAUACAGAAACAGAUACAGAUACAGAUACUAACAGAUACAUGUGCUCAAGAAGCAGAGGACCAAGACCCAGGCGAAUCGUACCGUAAAUAAAUAUAAGCAUAAAUCUGAGAGAGAAGAAGAAGAAGAAGAAAAGAAGAAACUCAUUGAAGACAACAUCCCCAAUUGACGGUAAAUCACUCAAGAUGACAUCUAUCGAUGGGGCCCGCCAGAUAAGAGAGCGUUUCGUCUCGUUUUCGCACUUUUACACAAUCAACUCGGGCACGUCGAAGACACCGCGCAGAAGUUGCAAACAAACACCACAGAGCCAGAGCCACACAGAGUGACGCGUCCGGGGUCCUCACAGGGGAUUGGGAUUGGUAAUGGGAACGGGAACGGGAAUGGGCACGAAAAUGGGAAUGGGAAUGGGACAGCCGACAUAAUCAUGUAGCAUGCCAACUUGACGUCAUUGCAAUUUAAAGCUAGGCUACGCCGUCGGGCGCAUUCGAUACAAAACGACGCCAACAGCCCCCAAAGUGACAAAUCAAAGACGAAAUCGAACCACCCAACAAAGUACAAGAAACCAACUAUGUAUUACUACCAUUCCAUGCCAGGCCCAGAGACCAGGCUAACUUGAAGCAGUCCAAUGACAAACUCGCACAGACUUUGUGGUCUUACUUUGAUACGGCACAGUGGAGCAAAUAUGGGAUUGAGUAGCUAAAAAUUCGAAUCGCCCAAAUAUGGAUUGUCUAUUUAUGUGAACCUGUAUAACAAGAUCUAUAUUUAUUUGUGCGUCCCACUUGGAAAAUUGAACAAAUGAUAAAAGCAAUUGAAGAAGUUUUGGAUAGGUUUGGAAAAAAUCGCUUACAAUAAUGAACGCCGAAUCGGAUGAUCUGGAGGACACUCACCUGUGCAUUAAAUGCAAUGCAACCAUUGUGGGUCUCAGCAAAUACAUUGAGCACCGUAAACAGAAUUGCUUAGUCGGAAAUGUUCGUGCGGCAAAGCAAGUUGUGGCUCCGACCACGGUCACGACGUCGACUCGUACCGAGCACGUGUCGUCGUCCACGAUCAUGAGUCGCUCCAACUUGGAGCACAGCUAUGACGGCUUCCAUUUUGCAGAGCCGGAGGCUCCGAGCAGUUACCUGCGCAAGACGACCGCCAGUCAUGGCGGAAAAACGUCCAAGUCCCUGACAGAGGCCUAUGAUCCGACCUACGAGCUGGGCGCCGAUGUGUUCUUUUCUUCGUUGCAGCUGCAAAGCGUCUCAACGGGCGGCAAGACCGGUGCACGCCCGGAGCGAGGAGCCAAGGAGGAACAGAGCUGGCAUUCGGCCAGCAGCUGCUCAGAUCCAUUGCUGAAGGCGGUGCGAGAACACGAGGAAUCCGACUUCAAGCCGCUAAAAUUUGUGCACUCACCCGAAGCCAGCGAAGAAGAGGAGGAUGACGAGGAGCCAGAUGACUUUGAUGGGGAAGACGACGAUGCAGAUCAUGAACACGAUCAUGAGCAUGAGCAUGAGCACGAGCACGAGCACGAUCACGACGCUGACGAAGAUUAUGAUGCGCGUCAUUCGCGGCAUUCCCCGCCGGCAGUGCCCGCCACGCACACGGGUGGCAAAUGGAAACCGGAACAUCGUCCUCAGCUGCGUCACACGCAUCUGGAGCGCAUCUCGCCCAGCUGGGACGAGGCGCCCGAAGAUGCGCACGACCAUCCGCCUGCGGAGCAUACGCACGGCAAGUGGGUGCCGGGCAGCAAGCAGCUGGAGUACCGCGAGAACAUCGAUCUGACCAAGCUGCAGCAGCCGGGCGCCAGCUACUGGUGCAACAUCUGCUGUCGGCGCCUCAAGACGCGACUUAACUACGAGCAGCAUCUGCGCAGCGGCUACCAUCAGCGCCGCGCCGAGGCUGAGUGCCAGCUAGAGCAGGCCAAUCUCGAGGGCGCCAAUCUCACGCUCACCAAGGACUUCGAGCCCGCGCCGGCGGAGCAGCUACAGCGCCGUCGCCGUCGUCGCGCCAAUCUGCUACGCUGCGAGCUGUGCCGCCACAGCAUGGCCCGCCAUCUCAUGGGCAAGCACCUGAUCUCGCACUAUCACUAUCGACGCCUGCAGCAGCAGCAAACGCAGCUGCGCCGCCAGAAUUCCCUGCACUCCAUACUGGAGCAUAUGGGCAGCAUAGUGCGACAGGCGCCAUUCCAGUGCCUGCCCUGCCGCUUCUAUGCCAACACGGAGCAGUCUUUCCAGGCACAUUGGCGCUCCUCUGCCCAUAUGGAGCUCACCGCACGGCUGGGCGGCAGUUUCUGGUGCAGCUACUGUCAGUUCGAGUGCGCGAGCAACGAGGAAAUGUGGCAGCAUCUGCUGGGCAACACGCACUUGGAAGUGUUGUUCGCCAUCAAUCGAUCGGUGCCCGUUUGCAUUGCCCAGCGCCGGCAGCUGAGCUGCUCCGUGUGCAGCGCCAGUUUCCUAUACAAUGUGCAAUUGCGGCGUCACUUUGCCACGGAGCACGCCGGAAUGGUGGCCACGGGCAGCGCCUCCGAUGACUAUCAGUGCCGCUUUCGCUGCGGGAUUUGCGGCGCUGCGCAGAGAUCGCGAGUGGCGCUGCAGCGGCACGAAAAGCACAAGCAUCGCCUGGCCAAAUACUACUGUGCCGUUUGCCGUCUGGAGUUCGAGACGCCGCUGGAGGCGCGUCGCCAUCGCAGCCUCAUGCAGCACAAGCGGCGUGCGAGUCGCCAGUCCAGCCGCAAGUCCAGCACUCAGCCGGAGCGCGAGAUUGAGCACAUGCUGCGCGAGGUGCUGGAGGAUCGACAGCCUGAAAAGCCGACGGCAGCAGCAGCUGCAGCAGUGGCCAGCUCCAAGAGGCGCCGUCUGGUGAGUCAAUGCGCCAGCUGCCAGCUUAACUUUGACACGCCGCAGGCGCUGAUCCAGCAUCGCAGGGAGUCACAUCCCAUGGACAAUCAUGCCUGCCUCAGCUGUGGCCUCAGCUUUCAGUCCGCCCAGGCGCUGGGUCGGCACACGCGCAGCUGCCAGCCCAUCGCCUCCAGCUCAACAGCGGCGCCAGCUCCCACUCAGUCCAAGUACUGGGACUGCGAUCAGUGCAGCUUCAGCGCCCAGUACGAGUCGGAUCUGCUCUAUCAUCGUUUCUUUCAUACGCGCGGCUCCUCCAUUGGCAAGGACGAGCUGUUGCAAUGCCCGCUCUGUCCCAAACAGUUCCGUAAGCACUCGCUGCGUGCCCAUCUGCGCAAUCACACGGACGAGCGCAUCUUCGAGUGCGCCGAGUGCUUGGCCAAGUUCGCCAGAAGACACAACCUCAAGAAUCACAUGGCCACCAUGCAUGGCCAUCGGGAUCAGACGGCAGCAGCCAAGACAACAGCCAAACAGAAGUCGGUUGUGUCCAAGCCGAAAUUUCAGUGUGGCACCUGCGGCAAAAUUCUGGCAAAAAAAUACUCACUUAAACUGCACGAAAUGAGCCACGCUUCGGUGGAACGUCAAUUUCGUUGCCAACACGAGGACUGCUCGUAUGCGGGUCUUACGCCCGAGGCCCUCAAAACCCAUCUAAUAUCCCAUGCCAAGGGCAGUCACAAGUGUGAACACGAAAACUGCAACUAUGUGGGCAAAAGUGAGCUGCACUUGAAGAGGCAUCUCAAGUCGCAUGUAGCCGGGCCAGAGCUGGGCGAGGGUGGCAAAUGGUUCUCGUGCGAUCAGUGCGAGUUCAGGGCGCGCAUCAAGGGUCAUCUGAGCCGGCACAUGCGUCGCCACACCGGGGAGAAGCCCCAUCAGUGCCCCCACUGCGACUUCCAGUGCAGCAGCUUGGACAACCUACGCAAGCACAUCGUCAAGACGGGCAAACAUCCGGGCAAGUUUAUCUACGAGUGUUCGGCUUGUGCCGAUCCCUUCAAGAGCAACAGCUUCAAGGAAUAUCAAAUGCAUUUGACAACGCACAAGAAAUCAAUUCCAUAAGGCACUUGGAACUCUUCACAAUAUGAUCUUUGGAAAUAAAUUUGAACACAAAACGACAUCCACCAAAUCUUCGACCCCCAUUUGCACCAAGGAGGGAUGGAUUUUUCAAAAAGUGUGAAACACCCCUCAAAUGAAUUUGAACAUAGAUCUUUGAAAAUUAGUUUGGUGCCGAUCGGAUGGUAAACAAAAAAGUUACAUACAAACGUGUUUCGCGAUUUUUCCACACGUGCGGGUGGAAUUUCCCGUAACCCCGUCUUAACGUGCACCUACAUAAA